ACGCGCACACACAGUUCCUGGGCGUGUAGCUCUGCAGCCACCAGCUCCUCAAGGCUGAACGGAAGCUCCCAAAAUAGCAAUGAGUAUUCGGGAAGCCUGGUAAGAAGAAGAAGAAGAAAAAAGCAAAGCAAUGGCUGAAGCAGUUUCGCCGAUAACUCGACAAGUAACUAAAGAAAGCCAAGAACUCGGGACCCCGUCGGUGGAGUACGGUCUUGAAGACGUCGAAGAUUGUUUGAUUUACGACCGGCACGGAGUCCCUGUUCCUUUCAAGAAAUUAUACCACGACAGGAAAGCGGUGAUAAUUUUCGUGCGGAAUUUCCUGUGCUACAGCUGUAAAGAAUAUGUGGAGGAUUUGAGCAAAAUCCCUGGAGAAGCCCUGGAGGAGGCUGACAUUCGACUGGUCGUGAUCGGUCAGUCUGCUCAUCGUCACAUUGAGCCUUUCUGCUCGCUGACGGCGUAUCCUCAUGAAAUAUACGUGGACCCUGAGAGGCGCAUUUAUCAGAUGCUUGGAAUGAAGAGAGAGGAGAAAUUUACAGAGUCCGCCCACCGUAGCCCUCAUGUAAAGUCUGGUAUCUUCAUGGGACAACUGAAGAGCAUAUGGAGGGCGAUGACCAGCCCUGCAUUUGACUUCCAGGGGGACAUGCAUCAACAAGGUGGAGCUGUCAUUGCAGGACCAGGCCCCCGGGUUCAUUUUUCCCAUUUCGACACGAACCACCUGGACCACAUGCCCAUCGACUGGCUCCUGCAGCUCGCCGGAGUUCAUCACACUCUGGACUUUGGCGAUAAGCCGAAGAUCGUUGAUGUUUAGCGAGCCGGACUGCCGGAGAAGCACCUGGUCCCACGUCGCUGCCGUCGUCACCCGUGCAGGGAUCAUGCACACAAGUUGCUUGUUUAGUUCACAGGAGGAGUUUGGGUAACAUCAUUCUUUAUAACAGAUGUUAGUGUCUCGACAUUUCUGGGCCCGUUGUUUGUCAUGCCUUCUGAAACUGUGUGAAAGUUUAUUUUGUUAAAAAACAGUCUUAACUCAAUGUCUUUUUAUAAACUCUUAUUUUUUAAAUUCAUUUUUGAAGCCAGUAAAUGAGCUGAGCAAACAUGUUGUGGCAGUGAAAAAUGUGACGUUUGGUGAAAAAAAGCUGCUGUGUUGAAUGUUUUGAGUGUGUAAAGUGGAAAUACAUGAAUUGGCCUAC